AUGAAGAUCUGUCUAUUAGUUGUUACCAUCAUUGGCCUUAAUGCUAUCGCAACAUGCAAAGAGAUAACUGAUCGUCAUGUAUACAAGAACAAUCAAGAACCUAUUAUAAAUUGGUUUAAAAAAAGACAGGCGCCUCCUGACUCUGGUAUUAGCUUAUUUAAUGAGAGACAGGAACCUGGUAUUAGCUUAUUUAAUGAGAGACAAGAACCUGGUAUUAGCUUAUUUAAUGAGAGACAAGAACCUGGUAUUAGCUUAUUUAAUGAGAGACAAGAACCUGGUAUUAGCUUAUUUAAUGAGAGACAAGAACCUGGUAUUAGCUUAUUUAAUGAGAGACAGGGACCUGGUAUUAGCUUAUUCAACGAUAGGCAAGCUCCUCCUGGUGCUAGUAUUAGCUUAUCUAAUGAAAGACAAGCUCGUUCUAAUACUGGUAUUAGUCUGUUUAAGAAGAGACACAUCUUUUCAGACGCAGAUUUCAAUAAUUUGAAACGAAGGCAAGAUCCCCUAAUUAGUUGGUUUGAGGAAAGACAAGAGUCAGAAGACCCUCUCAUUAGUUGGUUUAACGAAAGACACAAUCCACUAUUUAGCGAAUUUAAUGUUAGGCACGAUCCCACUGCUACUUCUCAUAAAGAGGAAGAGGAAGAUAAAAAUAUUCCUGGGUUGAGUUUGUUCAAGAGAGAAUUUCGUUCUAAUGCGAAAUUAUCAAAAACCAAUUAUCACCCGCAAUUAAGAUUAAAGGGCAGUACUCAUUUCAAAGGCAUUUUAUCAGCCAAGCGGAACGAUAAAUUGUCGGUUUCGCAGAAAAGAGAUGGUUAUAAUAAAAAAUUCAAUACCGAGAAACUCCAUCAUAGCUCAAACAUACUAAAAUCGAAAGCCUAA